ACGAACGAUGAAAACAAAGAAUCGACGAGUCUUUUAGAGUGGAUCAGUCAAAGGGAUAACCAAAACAGUUUGGAUCAACUCUCCCAACACUGCGGGCAAGGGUUAGAACAGUUCGAUUCGGAACAGCUCUUGAGAGUGAAAGACGAGGUGAAGGAAGUGAUGGAUUCGUGCAAUCAGUCGAAUAUGAAAGAAGUGAAGGGUUUGGAGGAAAGGCUCUAUGGGUUGGAGAAAUUGAUGUGCGAAUCGAAGAAGAUUGUGGACGAACAGAGAGAUCUGGCGCAGGCUUUCUAUCAAAACCAGGCGCGAGCCUCCAAUCUGCGGGAUCCGUCCAUUUUGCCCGACCUGUGCGCCAGUCAUCAGCAACAGCUGCAGGUUAUGCUGAAGAACCACCAAAAACUGCGUGACAUUCGGCGCAGGUGUGCGCGCGCUAAGGAGGAACUGUCGGGCAAUCUUCACGCCCGCCUUCGAUGGAUUGUCUUCAUCGAGAAGAAGCUGUCGGAAGUGGACUCAAGAGUAUUGAUAUAUCGGGAAAAUAUUCGGCGACUGAAGAAGCACUUGAAAGUUGUCCAUCAAAUCCAUUUGGCGCCCAAAAUCUAUUUGGCGUCAGUCGUCGAAGUGGUCAGACGUAAGACAUUUUCGAGUGUAUUCCUCGAGUGGGCGACGAGUUUGGCCCAAAACUCAGCCAAUUUAGUCGAGAACGAGAUCCAAACGAGACAAACGUUUUCCACUCAAUUAGAGACUCAUUUUCUUCGGAUUUUAUUCCCGGGAAUGAAUGACUUUCCGCCGCAUAGAGACGAAGAGAUGAAAGCAAUGAAAUCAGAAAUUGCGGCCAAAUGUCAGGUGAACUUCAAUGAAGCUCUCAAUAAGUUGUCAAAUGAAAGAGAACUUUUAGCUCAAGAAUUGGCCGUAAAAGACAGCUGUAUUCAGGCUGAUACAAUUGAGACACAAGGAAAUGAAAUGUUGGUUCAAAUUGAAAGCGAAUUAAAGUCAUUAACCAAUUGUUUUGACCAAAAGCUCAACGAAUCAGUGAUUUGUGAUACAAGGCCUCAAUGUUCCUGCAAUUUAGCUAAUGUCAUCAAAGAGAAAGAGUUAGAAAUCAGUCGAUUAAACAGAAUUUUGCGGGAUUCUGAUAUGUCUCAGUCCUCAUCAGCCAUUGGCCGCAUUGAAAGGGUAUCUGUUUUAGGUUGUGAAGUCGGAGAUAUUGUACUCAUCUAUUACGAAGAAAAGUUCAAUAACUAUAUUGUCUUCACACUUAAUAAUGUCCUCCAUUUCGUACACACCGACUGCUUGGAUGCGCUCUCUUUGAAAUCAGAAGUGUGA